AUGUCAAGGUACCGUGAAGUUGCUGAAAUUGUUCUUAGAUACCUUGAGCAUCGGGAUCGGCUUGUUCGUUUGAGCAUAACUUCAUUGCUGCCUCGUAUUGCACAUUUUCUUCGUGAUCGUUUCUGGGUUCAUUGCUCUUGGAGAGAUGGGGAACUGGAUGGGGAACUUAUCCAUUAUUUACCGAUAAUUACUAUUCACUUACGGGAGGCGAUUGCUCCACGUAGGAUCAAACCUUCACUUGAGGCCUUGGCUUGUGUUGGAAGUAUUGCUAAAGCAAUGGGCUCAGCAAUGGAACCUCAUGUACGAGGACUUUUGGAUAUAAUGUUUUCUACCGGCCUUUCUACAGUACUUGUGGAGGCCCUUGAGCAAAUAAGUACCAGCAUUCCAUCUCUGCUGCCAACCAUUCAAGACCGAUUACUAGACAACAUAUCCAUGCACUCUGAAUUUGGAGGUAAAAUGUUCAGUCCAAGCAUGGAUUCCGCGAGGGAUGCUGGUGGUGUGGCAGGGACUGUGCUAAUUCCCAUGCGGUUUGUGUGGCCAUAUGGGGGAAGAAGUGUGUAUCUAACUGGUUCUUUCACACGCAUAAGAGAGUUAUUUGCUGAGUACAAGUUUUAUGUCGAUGGAGAAUGGCAGCAUGAUGAGCAUCAACCUUGUUUAUCUGGAGAAUAUGGGAUAGUUAACACCGUUUUAUUGGCUACUGAUCCUAAUUUUGUACCUGUUUUAACUCCAGACAUAGUUUCUGGAUCUAACAUGGAUGUGGAUAAUGAGGCUUUUCGACGCAUGGUACGAUUGACAGAUGGUACAUUAAGCAACGUGUUGUUACCUAGAGUAUCUGAUGUUGAUGUACAGACCUCUCGUCAGCGUAUUUCUUCAUUCCUAUCUACAUGCACAGCGUAUGAAUUACUUCCUGAGUCAGGCAAGGUUGUUACCUUGGAUGUUGAUCUGCCUGUGAAACAGGCAUUUCACAUACUGCAUGAGCAGGGAAUUCCCAUGGCUCCUCUUUGGGACAUCUGCAAGGGGCAGUUUGUUGGAGUUCUUAGUGCCUUGGAUUUUAUUUUAAUUUUAAGAGAGCUUGGAAAUCAUGGGUCCAAUCUGACGGAAGAGGAGCUUGAAACACAUACCAUAUCCGCUUGGAAAGAAGGAAAAUGGACAGCAUUUACACAAUGUUUUAUCCGUGCAGGGCCAAAUGAUAAUUUGAAAGAGAUUGCUGUGAAGAUCCUGCAAAAUGGAAUCUCAACAGUUCCUAUUAUUCAUUCAUCUUCUGAAGAUGGCUCAUUUCCCCAGCUACUACAUCUUGCUUCACUUUCAGGAAUCCUUAAAUGCAUUUGCAGGUAUUUUAGGAAUUGUUCUACUUCAUUGCCCAUACUUCAACUUCCAAUCUGUGCAAUCCCUGUGGGCACAUGGGUUCCCAAAAUUGGGGAGUCAAAUUGCCAGCCUCUAGCAAUGUUGAGACCAAAUGCUUCGCUUACUUCAGCCCUAAACUUAUUAGUUCAAGCUCAAGUAAGUUCAGUACCAAUAGUUGAUGAUAGUGACUCGUUACUGGAUAUAUAUUGUCGAAGUGAUAUAACAGCUUUGGCAAAGGACAGAACUUAUACACAUAUUAAUCUUGAUGAAAUGACUGUUCAUCAGGCGUUGCAAUUGGGGCAGGAUUUUUACAGUCCUUACGAGGCAAGAAGUCAAAGAUGUCAGAUGUGCCUGCGAACUGAUUCUCUGUAUAAAGUGAUGGAACACUUAAAUUUGAAGAAUGCUGCACUGGAUUCAGGUGUGAGGCGGCUUGUUAUUGUGGAAGCUGGUAGCAAGCGGGUUGAAGGCAUCAUAUCACUGAGUGACAUAUUCAAGUUCUUCCUUGUCAGGCAACCACCAUCGGCCCAGCCGAGGCCACUAAGAAGAGAUUCCAGAGCUUUUACACGGUGA